AUGGCUGAUCUUGUGAAAAAUUUCACUUCGACGCCGGUAGUUUUGUGGGUGUGGGUGUUUUAUGCCGAACUUCUAGGUUACGUUAAGUGGUCUCUUAUGCCGAACCGUAUUUCUUGCUGUUUUUUGUAUUUCUUCUCCCUUAUUCUAAACACUUACCCUUUUCAUUUCUUUGUUGCAGUCUAUCAACAUGGAAUUGCAUCUGCUUCCACCAGUUACCAAUAUUUUGAAAUUCUCAUUCCAGAGGAAAUCUCAUACAUAUAUAAAAUAAGAACAGCAGAGAAUUUUGGGACUUCCUUUAGACACAUAUACCACAGAGUGAAUUUAGUUGUCGCAGAACCUUACUUAGGGUGCAGUCCUCUUCUUAAUAAACAUGUUGUUGAUGGAGCAGUUGUUCUUCUGAAGCAAGGGAAAUGCACAUUUGUUACCAAAAGCUUUCAUGCUGAACAGGCAGGAGCUAUUGCUGUAUUAAUCACAGACAGUGAUUCCAACAACGACAGUGAAUAUUUCAACAUGAUACACGACGGCUCUAGUCACAUCAUUGACAUCCCAGUUUUCUUCAUGCUUGGAAAAGAUGGGUGGAUGAUAAGUGAGACGUUAAGACGAUGGUACCACUUUGGCAUCAUAAACAUCCCAGUGAAUAUCAGCCGAGUUCCUGUAGAUCAACUUCACUUCCCACCUUGGACAAUAUGGUGAUUCAACCAAGGACUUUUUAUCCUCUUAGUGGCAAAAAUAUCUUCUGCCAAUAUGAUACAGAAUCCUGCAAUAUUUCUAAAUAUCUGACUGAGAAGAAGAAUGGUUAAAUACUGAAAGCAAAAUUUUUUUUUUGUUUUUCUUUUGUAAAUUUUCUUAUUUUUCUUAUUAUUCAAGAUAAUUGCUGCUGUCUCUUAUGUCAAGUUAUUUCCUUCCAGUAAAGUGGGUGCUUGUGUAUGUGUUUGGCAAAAUAUAUGAAGGGAUAAUAUUUUACCAUUUUUACUAGCAUAAAGACAGAAGAUAUACACACACGCACACAUACAUACACACACACAUACAUACACACA